AUGCGGGAGUCGAGCAGCGGACGGCGCGGUGGGCUGGGUGCCGGGGCGCCGUCGCUGGGCCUGCGGGCAACCCGUGCGGUGGUGGCUGUCCUCACCAACGUGUUCAAGGUCAUCCUCUUUGUGGUCGUCACCAUCCGCGAGCCACUGGCUCUGGCCUGGCUCCGGCUCAACGUGCUGCUGUUCCAGAACGUGGGGCUGGCCCGCCGGCUGGCCCGCCCGGAGGAGAGCCCGCUCCCGCCGCGCUGUGUCGUGGUCGUCGGCGACGGCAAUGCCGAGGGCUUUGGUGACUGGAUCACCUUUGGCACCGUCGGCGGCAUCGCCCCGCGCCUCGAGGGCCUGCUCCACGCCGACCGCCGCGUCCGCCAGCGUUGGCACGUCCUCAACAUGGGCGCCACCGGUGCUUCAUCUGAGGCUUGGCUCCCGGCUUGGGCCGGCCCGCCCGAGCGCUUUGCCUGGCUCUCGCUCAAGCCCUCGGCCCCGCUGUGGGACCAGGUGUUUGGGCUCGCCACCCGCGCCCGCGAGGCCGCCACCGCUGACGUCACCCUCCUCAUGCUGGGAGCCUCCGAUCCGGCCGUCGGGCUCACCGCGCCAGCGUCGUGGGCAAACAUCCGCGCUCUCGCCGCCGCCAUUGUCGAGGCCACCGGCGGCGUCGUCUACGUCGCCACUGUCCCGCUCGCGCCCUCGGUCACCGACGUCUACCUCGCCCAGCUCAACAUCCACAUCACACACUACUUUGAUGACGAGCAGUCGCCCGAUGAGGCCGCCCACUUUCGCCGCGGGCCCGACCUGUUCCAAUACUUUCGCUCGCCGCGCGCCGGCGACGACCUCGAGGCCAACUUUGCCUGGGGCGGCCGCAUACUGUCGUCGCGCGGCUACGCCGCCGCCGCCCGUCUCUGGGCCGACACGCUCGCCAUGGAUCUUGUCCGCAUCGAGUACGACGCGCUGGCGGCGGCGCUCACCAGUGGCGGCGCCUAAUCUUAGCCAUCGCUUGCCUCACCGGUGGGUGAGGACCCGGAAGGCCGCCGCCUGGACCGCGUCGUCGUGGCCGUCCUUCUCUGGGCUCGCCACCACCACUCGCGGCAUGUCCUUGACGCACUCGGCGUCCAUCACAAAGUAGACCGGGCAAGCGAGUCUCUCGGCGCCAGACGCCGGCGACUCUGGCGACGAUGCCGCGAGCUGCCGGGUCGCGAUGCCGUUGGAAAUGACUACCCGCGUCAACGCCUUGAGCGUCGCCAUCCCCCGCUCGGUCCCCCACGAGCUGACAGUCCCGGCCUUGGCCGCUGUCAGUAACUCCACGAGGUGGGCUUGGCCUUCUGCAAACGAGUCAGACGCUGCCGAAAAGACUUCGGCGGCGGCAACAGCUUCAGGAUUGAUCGACUUGAUGAGCCGGUCGUAGGUGAGCGCCUCGGGAUCGUACACCCGCGCAAAGAGGCCAAACCGCUGCUCAAACC